CUCAUGCUCAGCUCCCAGCUGACCGCAGCCCCUCUGGAGGGCGUGGUCACUGCGUUUACGCUUCACACAAACCUCGACACACACCACACUCAUAACAACUUUUCGCCAAACUUUUCACUGAUGGAACUUGCGGAAGCUGUUAAGUAAGCAUUUUGUUCUUCAGGCCUCAAGAAUUUAUGAAACAACGGAAACACUGAGGACUGUGCUUCUUUUUAAAGGACCAUAGGGCAAAAAGAGAUGGAGGGGGAGCGGGCGCGGGCAGACUCUACUCUUGACUUGAACCACCUGACAGAAGAAGAGCAGUCCACCAUCCUGCAGGUCUUGCAGCGUGACUUGGAGUUGAGUCGUCUCGAUGAAGAACGUGUAAGAAGCCUCCAGGAGACAGGGACAGACCCGACACGUCUGCGCACACUGUCGGGGGCAUGGUUCAGUGAAGAGCGCAGCAAACGCCAUCGCAACCGGACGUCGGGCAGCGCUCUCGUCCACUCCACCAUACAACACAGGAAGACAAAGAGCAGAGAUGUGCCAUUGGCUGGACUGUUUAAUGGAGAGAUAGGGGAAACCUCCCACAACAACAACAACAACAACACCUCACCUGAGGCUGAGAGAAGACUGACGGACAGCAAAGAAGAGGAGAGUGAAGGGAGUCAAGGAAUAUCAAAACCUACACCCACACCCAGAACAAAAGCACCCGUUGCACAGGUUGUCCUGCAUAGAAAUAGUUCCUCAUCAUCCAAAGAGUGUGAAAGGAAAAGUAAUGGCCACUCAGAGGAACCUGAGGAAGCCUUCAAUGGUUACAGCGAGGACACUGACUCCUUAAGCAGCAACCUGACAGAGGCAGAUCCAGCUUCACUGAAAACCAGCAGCUCCACCGGCAGCAUUCAGUCAGGCUACACGCUCAGUGGAAGCAUGAUGAGUCUGUUCAGUACGGGGGAUUUUGAAGCAGUGGAGGUGACGGGCCGUAUCCAAUUCUCAUUGGUUUACAACACCCAGAAGGAGGAGCUGCAAGUGAAAGUGUGUCGCUGCGAGGACAUUGCAUCAGCACGCAAGAACCGCUCUGACCCGUAUGUAAAAGCCUAUCUCUUGCCGGACAAGUCGAGUCACAGUAAGAAGAAAACUUCAGUGAAGAAGAAGACCCUAAACCCAGUCUAUGAUCAGACUCUCCGAUAUAAAGUCCGCAUCGGAGAGCUGCGGAGCCGGACCUUGAACCUGUCUGUGUGGCAUGCCGUGUCCCUGGGGAGAAACGUGUUUCUGGGGGAGGUGGAGGUGUCUCUGGGCCUGUGGGACUGGACCUGCACUCAGCCGCUGUGGCAGGACCUGCAGCCACGGGUUCAUUUGAGUCCAGACUCCAUUAGCAGUCGCGGGACCAUUAUGCUCUCUGUUAAGUUCAUCCCAGAUGGAUUUGAGGGUGGUGGUCUGCCUCUGACAGGAGAGCUUCACAUCUGGCUUCGGGAGGCUCAAGGUCUCCUAUCCAACAAAGGGGGCCCUAUAGACUCCUUUGUUAGAAGCUACAUACUCCCAGAUGCUAGUCGGCAGAGUGGCCAGAAGACUCGGGUGGCAAAGCGCUCCAUCAGUCCUACCUACAACCACACCAUGGUGUAUGAUGGCUUCCACACCAGCGACUUGAGAGACGCCUGCGCUGAGCUGACUGUCUGGCAGCGUGAAGGGUUAAAAAUGCGCGUCCUAGGAGGGAUUCGUCUCAGCUGUGGAACUGGUCAGAGUUAUGGGGAGGCCGUCAGCUGGAUGGACUCCACCGAAGAGGAGAUCGCUGUGUGGACCUCUAUGAUCGAAAACCCAAACCACUGGAUCGACACGACACUACCAAUCAGAACUAACCUCACCCAUCGGCCAGAGUGACACACUUUGUCCACAAACACACAUUCAUGCGUGUGUUCAUAUAAUGGCUGGACUGAAAGGACAUCCUCAGACCAUCGCCACAUUUAACCUCUCUGUCACAAUGAUAUGCACACGAACUGUUUCUGUUUUUACACACACACACAGAGGAGGCAGUAGAGAUGCAAUUUUGUGAAUUAAUGGCAUAGAUAUUUACAAUAUUUAGUUUUGAAACCAAAUCUUUCUGCAUUUAAAAUGUUUUACUUGUACGUUUUGGUUCGGUCUCUUUUAUCUGACAAAAGUGCAUUUGUAAUCCAUUGUAGUUACUUAAUUAAAUUUCAAACAUGAACUGAUGAAUCGCCCUUAUCUUAUUAAAUAAAAAUACCACAUCAAGCAUAGAUCAUUUUAAGAAAUGAAUAACCACAUAUUUAUUUAAGGUUGUUUCCCAGCCUUCUCAAAAUCUUUGGCACAAAAAAUUGGCCUAAUCACUUUCACCCUUAAGGAACAUGUAUUCUAAUUACUCAGACAAUUAUUAAGAUUUUGAGGUGUCAUUUCUGUAAUUGGAUGGGACAGAAAAGGCUUGUGGUUACAUGUGUUAAUUUUAUUCCUUUUGAUGGAUUAGCUAACUACCACCUUGUGGCCAGACUUUUAUACUUUUUAUACUAUACUCAACGCAAAUUACAGAUGGGGCAGUGAAGCAUAAGGUCAAGAUCACUAGAACAUAAGAGACAAUGUUUUGUAAUUUGCUGUUUUGUUUAAAAUUUUUUAACGUCAAUAGAAUCUAUGUACAUCAGGUAGCCAUCCAACCUUUUAACAUGAAAAGGCGUUAAGCAUUUAUCCAGUGAGUCAGAACUCCUGUCCAGCAGAUGGCGAUCUUAACAUUCCUGCUUCGGGUUGAUUUGAGACCGGACGUGGAGCUAUUUGGCUUCCAAAAUAAAGUUUCAAUAAGA